AUCUGCUCGUUCAUUGGCUGGUUCUCACAUAUCCCACAAUCCACCACUCACAACUUCCUUUUUCCUUUCGGCCAUUUUCCUUCCUUGUAGGGAAUUAGGCAGCCAUGGCCCCAAGCCGGAAUGGAAUGAUUUUGAACCCUCAUUUCCACAAAGACUGGCAGAAAAGAGUGCGCACCUGGUUCAACCAACCGGCCAGGAAGGAACGCAGGCGAAAGGCUCGGCAAGCCAAGGCCCGCCGUAUAGCUCCUCGUCCUGUUGCCGGACCACUGCGGCCACAGGUCAGGUGUCCCACAGUCAGGUACCACACCAAGGUUCGCGCCGGGCGUGGUUUCACUCUGGAGGAACUCAAGGCGGCCGGAAUCCACAAGAAGACAGCCCGCACUAUUGGCAUCUCUGUUGACUCUCGUCGUCGCAACAGAUCCACAGAGUCUCUUCAGGCUAAUGUGCAGCGUCUGAAGGAGUACCGCUCCAAACUCAUCCUGUUCCCCAGAAAGGCAUCUGCACCCAAGAAGGGUGACAGCUCAGAGGAGGAACUGAAGAUGGCCACCCAGCUCUCUGGUCCCAUCAUGCCCAUCAAAACUGUACACAAGAAAGAGAAGGCCCGUGUUAUCUCCGAGGAUGAGAAGAACUUCAAGGCAUUCGCCAGUCUGCGUAUGGCCCGGGCCAAUGCCCGUCUUUUUGGCAUUCGUGCUAAGCGAGCCAAAGAGGCAGCUGAGCAGGACGUGGAGAAGAAGAAGUGAAAAUGAUCAUUAUGGAACUUUGCAAAUAAAGUCUUUAAAAAAGAGCAAA